AUGGACUAAGAUAAAUACUAGUCGGAUACCAAGCUUAUGAAGGGCUAGGAUCACACCGAUGAAGGUCAUUCUAAACCACUUCCAAGGAAAAGUUAAAACUAAAUCUAUAACAUUCAAGGUUUGGUGGACAAAGCAUUGGAAAAGUAAUUAAAUUAUUUAACAAAAUUUAUUAGCCAAAAGCCUACAGCAUCCUAAAUUUUGGGUCUAGAUGGUGGAAAUGUAAAAAAGGUGUCUCCUGAGAAUAAUAUUGACUAACAUUUAAAUGAGUUAGAAGGAGAUAUCAGUGAAGAUGAAGGCUCUAAAGGGUUAGAGGAUGUGAGAAUGAGUAAUUUUGCUUACAGUCAAACCAAAAUUUCUGAAUACAUUUCGUUCUAUUUCGCAAUGCUUGGUGUUGGCUGUCAUAUCGUUGCAAAUGAAAUUUAUGCUUUCAAUAAUCUUAAUGAUGUCAACAAAACACAUAUUGUUACAAUGAUAACUAUUGGAAAUGUUUCUACAUUCUUUUUAAUCAUGUCUACAAUUGCAGGAUAUUUACUGUACGUGAGAUGGAAAAUAACUAAAAAUUACUAUACAAAAAUGGAUAACGUAAUAAACACAGGACUCUGGAAGGAAUUAGUUUUCUAAUGCAUGCUGACAUUCAUCUAAAUGUAUCCUUCACUUUACGGAGAAACUUAUUUAGAAGAAUACAAUGUAAAUACUACUAGCGUUAUUUUUAUUACGAACGACAUAUUGCUUUGCUUCAUGAUAUUUGCAAGAUUCCAUUAUCUUUUAGAGACAAUACUUUAGAUAUCAUUCUUCACAGACCCAAGAUCGCAAAGAGUCUGCCAGAUUUAUGGUGCCGAUGCUGAUAAUUUAUAUGCAAUUAAAGCUAUUAUGGUUAAUGACUCUUGGAUUGUAGUGUUAAUUAGUACAUUUAUAUCACUUAUUAUGUUCUCUUAUCAGCUUAGAUUAUUUGAAAGAUUUACGAACUCUCAUUUCAUUCAUAUUACCUCCUGUAUGUGGAACAUGUUCAUUACUAUGACGACUGUUGGGUAUGGAGAUAUUUAUGCAUUUUCACAUCUGGGUAGAUUUAUUGCAAUAGUUGCAGCAUUCUGGGGUGUUUUCUUAAAUUCUCUUUUCAUUCUUUCACUCACUAAUUCGCUUAACCUUAACUCUUCAGAAUAGAAAGCAUAUAAUUUACUACAAAGGCUAAUCCAAAAAGAUACAAUGAGAAAGUAGGCAGUAGAUAUGCUCUCCUUAGCAUUCAAGAUUAAAAAAAUCAGAGAUAGGAAUCCAAAUCCAAAUAUUAACGAGAUAAAUUAGUUAUAGCGUUGCUACAAGAAAUGUUCUGAUGAAUUCAAUCGAAUUAGAAAAAGUCUGAGAAACACCGUUGAUUUCAAUGCUGAUAUGGAUAGUAUCAAAAUGGCUGUAGAUCAGAUCGACUAGGGUAUCUCUGAGAUAAGGUAAUCCAUUCCAAAAGCUUAUCAACAUUUACUUUUUGAUCCUAAAAAACUUAGUGAUAUAGAGACUAAAAAUUGA